UUGAAACCGAAGAGCGAUUUAAAAACGGUCGGAUGUCUUCCUGCUGCUGCUUGUUGAUCCUCCUCUUCUCCUGCUCCUCCGCCCACAAUGACUUCUACACCUCCAUCGGUCACAUGACUGACCUGCUGUUCACAGAGAAGGACCUGGUCACCUCCCUGAAGGACUACAUCCGAGCAGAGGAGAGCAAACUGGAGCAGAUUAAAAAAUGGGCGGACAAACUGGACGUCCUCUCUGCGGCGGCCACUCAGGACCCCGAGGGAUUCCUGGGACACCCGGUGAACGCCUUCAAACUGAUGAAGAGACUCAACACAGAGUGGGGGGAGCUGGAGAGCCUGGUGCUCACUGACAUGUCUGAUGUGUUCAUCUCUAACCUCACCAUCCAGAGGCAGCACUUCCCCAACGACGACGACCAGACCGGCGCCGCCAAAGCUCUGAUGAGGCUGCUGGACACCUACAAGCUGGACACCAACACCAUCUCCACCGGACAGCUACCAGGCUCUUCCUUGGCGGCCUCACACCGGAGCGUUCUGACGGUGGACGACUGCUACGACCUCGGGAAGGUGGCGUACUCGGAGGCGGACUACUACCACACGGAGCUGUGGAUGGUUCAGGCCCUGAAGCAGUUGGAUCAGGGGGAGAAGUCCGGCACCGUGGACGCCGUCAACAUCCUGGACUACCUGAGCUACUCCGUCUACCAGCAGGGGGAGCUGGAGAGAGCGCUGGACUUCACCAAGAGGCUGCUGGAGCUCGACCCGACACACCAACGAGCCAACGGGAACCUGAAGUACUUUGAGUAUCAGCUGGCGAAACAGCAGAAGGCGGAGGAGAGAGGGGAGGAGGAGGAGGAGGCGAAGCAGAAGAAGAGUCAGCCCGACGAUUACCUGCCAGAGAGGAAGAAGUACGAGCAGCUGUGCCGCGGCGAGGGCCUCCGGAUGACUCCUCGAAGGCAGAGCCGCCUCUUCUGCCGUUACUACGACAACCAUCGCCACCCGAAAUACGUGAUCGCCCCGGUGAAGCAGGAAGACGAGUGGGACCGGCCCCGCAUCGUCCGAUACCACGACAUCGUGUCGGACAAGGAGAUGGAGAAGGUCAAAGAGCUGGCCAAACCCAGGCUGCGUCGAGCCACCAUCUCCAACCCCGUAACCGGUGUGCUGGAGACGGCCCACUACCGCAUCAGUAAGAGACGUGCCACGGUGCAUGACCCUCAGACAGGCAAACUGACCACGGCCCAUUACAGAGUCUCCAAGAGCGCCUGGCUCGGAGCGUUUGAACAUCCGGUGGUGGACAAGAUCAACCAGAGGAUCGAGGACAUCACCGGUCUGGACGUCACCACGGCGGAGGACCUGCAGGUGGCGAACUACGGAGUCGGAGGACAGUACGAACCUCACUUUGACUUUGGGCGGAAAGACGAACCAGACGCUUUCGAAGAGUUGGGGACAGGAAACAGAAUCGCCACCUGGCUGCUUUACAUGAGUGAUGUGCAGGCAGGGGGCGCCACAGUCUUCACUGAUGUAGGAGCUGCUGUCUGGCCCAAAAAGGGGACGGCGGUGUUCUGGUACAAUCUGUACCCCAGUGGAGAAGGAGACUAUCGGACCCGACACGCUGCCUGUCCGGUUCUGGUCGGCAACAAGUGGGUGUCCAAUAAGUGGAUCCAUGAACGGGGACAGGAGUUCAGGAGGCGCUGCAGCCUCCAGGAGACCGACUGACAGCCGACUCUCCGUCUCCUUCCUCUCAGACAUCCUCGUCUUCCUCAGCCUCACACUGUGUGUGUGUGUGUGUGUGUAUGUGUGUGUGUGUGUGUGUGUGUGUAUAUGUGUGUGUGUGUGUGUGUGUGUGUGUGUAACACACUGACUCAAGUUUCUGACAUUCAAUCACUUUAAAAUCAUUUUUAAUAACAAAACAUAAAAUAAUUAAUGAAUAAAUAAGUAAUUUUAAAAAUGUUGAAUUCCAUUAAUUUACCCAUUAAUAUUGAUUAAUAGCAUUUAUAAGCAGUAUAUAAUAUAAUAUAAUAUAUCAGUGAAUAAACACAUUUAAAACAGAUUGUUUUAAACAUAUUUGUCAAUAACUUCAACUUCUUUCAUGAGAAUAUAAUUAUUUUAAUUAAUAGAAUCAAUGAAAUAUAAAUAUAUGUAAAUCUGUUAAUACAUACUAUAGAUUAUUAUAACACAUUAUAGAUAAAUACAUUACAACACAUUGUUUAUUAUGUACUGCUUAUAAAAGUGUGGCAUAAUUGGAUUAUAAGGUGUUUUAUUUAUGGAUCGUCUGCACACUUGAAGAGGUUUUAAACUUUAUAAUUUACCAGUCAGAUUCUUUUUAUAAUAUAAAUUUAAGCUUUCAUGCAAUUUGGUCAAUUUAAGGAGUUUUUAACCCUUAAAAAAUGUGCUGAUAAUCUUUAAGAAAACCUCAACAUGUUAUAAUCUUUUAUUACAAUACAUUUAUUUAUCCAUUAACAAACCUGGAAACUCUUCAGUUUCAUUUUAAUCCGAGUUCAUUCAUUCAUCUAUUAAGUAAUCCCAAACCACUGUAGUCGCACAUUAUUAUUAAUAAUUGGAAGACUAAUAUUAUAAUAUCCUUAUAAAGGACAUUUUUAUAAGCUAAAGUUUAUCUUCCUCUUGGCUAGCAGGAAGCUAUCGUUAGCUUUGUACCGCUACAUCAUUUAUUGUUGGGGAAGCUAACGUUAGCCAACUAACAGUGAGAUAGUAUUUUAUUAGUGAUAACGGCAUCCUGUGUUGGACUCUGUGUUGUGGACUCUGUGUUGGACUCUGUGUUGUGGACUCUGUGUUGGACUCUGUGUUGGACUCUGUGUUGGACUCUGUGUUGUGGACUCUUUGUUGGACUCUGUGUUGGACUCUGUGUUGGACUCUGUGUUGUGGACUCUGUGUUGUGGACUCUGUGUUGUGGACUCUGUGUUGGACUCUGUGUUGGACUCUGUGUUGGACUCUGUGUUGGACUCUGUGUUGUGGACUCUGUGUUGUGGACUCUGUGUUGGACUCUGUGUUGGACUCUGUGUUGUGGACUCUGUGUUGGACUCUGUGUUGGACUCUGUGUUGUGGACUCUGUGUUGGACUCUGUGUUGUGGACUCUGUGUUGGACUCUGUGUUGUGGACUCUGUGUUGUGGACUCUGUGUUGUGGACUCUGUGUUGGACUCUGUGUUGGACUCUGUGUUGUGGACUCUGUGUUGUGGACUCUGUGUUGGACUCUGUGUUGGACUCUGUGUUGUGGACUCUGUGUUGUGGACUCUGUGUUGGACUCUGUGUUGGACUCUGUGUUGGACUCUGUGUUGUGGACUCUGUGUUGGACUCUGUGUUGUGGACUCUGUGUUGGACUCUGUGUUGGACUCUGUGUUGUGGACUCUGUGUUGUGGACUCUGUGUUGGACUCUGUGUUGGACUCUGUGUUGGACUCUGUGUUGUGGACUCUGUGUUGGACUCUGUGUUGGACUCUGUGUUGGACUCUGUGUUGUGGACUCUGUGUUGGACUCUGUGUUGGACUCUGUGUUGGACUCUGUGUUGUGGACUCUGUGUUGGACUCUGUGUUGUGGACUCUGUGUUGGACUCUGUGUUGGACUCUGUGUUGUGGACUCUGUGUUGUGGACUCUGUGUUGGACUCUGUGUUGGACUCUGUGUUGGACUCUGUGUUGUGGACUCUGUGUUGGACUCUGUGUUGGACUCUGUGUUGGACUCUGUGUUGUGGACUCUGUGUUGGACUCUGUGUUGGACUCUGUGUUGUGGACUCUGUGUUGUGGACUCUGUGUUGUGGACUCUGUGUUGGACUCUGUGUUGUGGACUCUGUGUUGGACUCUGUGUUGGACUCUGUGUUGUGGACUCUGUGUUGGACUCUGUGUUGUGGACUCUGUGUUGGACUCUGUGUUGUGGACUCUGUGUUGUGGACUCUGUGUUGUGGACUCUAUGUUGUGGACUCUGUGUUGUGGACUCUGUGUUGUGGACUCUGUGUUGGACUCUGUGUUGGACUCUGUGUUGGACUCUGUGUUGUGGACUCUGUGUUGGACUCUGUGUUGUGGACUCUGUGUUGGACUCUGUGUUGGACUCUGUGUUGGACUCUGUGUUGUGGACUCUGUGUUGUGGACUCUGUGUUGGACUCUGUGUUGUGGACUCUGUGUUGGACUCUGUGUUGGACUCUGUGUUGGACUCUGUGUUGUGGACUCUGUGUUGGACUCUGUGUUGGACUCUGUGUUGGACUCUGUGUUGUGGACUCUGUGUUGCCCACUGUUGGCACUCGGGAGCAUAAAGGUCACAACCUUUGACCCUCAUCCUACAUAGAGACACAUAGAGAUCAGUCCACAGGCAGCAGAGGGACAAAGCUCCACUACAACCUGUUCACUGAUCAGUACACUGAUCAAUAAUCUGACAUCUGGAAGCUUUAAGGGCUUUAACAAUGAAUGUGUGUUAAAGGGUUUGUUAAUGGAUGAAUUAAAACACGAUCAGGUGGUUUUAAAGAGCAGAUAUCGAUCUGAUGUCACUGUUACCAUGACGACUGCGGCAGCGUCAACACAAAGCUUCACUCCACUUUCUUUACUGUUUGUUAUUAUUACAGCUGCUCUUCACUGUAGAGUCUCUGUAGAACAGUGAAAUCACUCCGUCACUCGAGUCGUCAGCAGGUAUCAGCGUCACAGGAACGUCCUGUCUUCCUGUUAUUUGUGAUUCUCUGAAGGUUUUGACGUGUUUACGUGUUUAUUCGGUUUCACUCUUAUUUACAAAAAGCCGCUCGAGUCGAACACAUUAUCAGACAUCACUUCAGAGAGCCUGUAUUCACUCACUUAUUCACUGAUCACACAGAUCAUAGUUUAAUGUGAGUAAACAUAAAUCCCCUCUGAGCUGAAUGAGGAUUGUAGAAGAAUGAGUCACACAGAAGAUCAGGUUUUAUUUAAAGCAGCUAUAAUAUCAGUUUAAAUAUGUUCAACCCUGUGAAUCCCGUUUAAAUUAAAUUAUUCUCUGCGUGAAAAAUAUAAAUAUAACUUCCCAGUCUGGAAUGACUCUAUAAAUUAUAUCUGCAGUACAUUUCCUCUUCUCCUCCAUCUAAUAUUGUAACUGCGUUUAUCUGACAGAUUUAGUUACAAAUUUAUAUUUUUACACACAAAACAUACAAAGAGUUUAUAAAAUAUGAUGUUUGUUAUAAAUUAAACUACCCAACAGUUUAUACAAAUACAGCUGAUCAGUCUAUUAAGAUUUCCUGCUUUUCCUUUGAAUGAUUGUAAUAAAAGCUUAAAUAUGACUGUAAAACAUGGAAUAAAACACCAACAUUAACCCUAAAAUUAACAGCACUAAUGUCCUUUUACCAUAAUAUCUGAUGGCUUUAUUUACACUGCAUGUUCUUAUAUUACAGAUUUUUAACUGCACAGUAAACAACCGUCAGAUCUCAUUUGGUAUUUUCAUGUUAAUUCUAUGGCAAAACAGGUUUUUAUGGUAAAACUUGUAUUUAUACGGUAAAAUAUGGAAUAAAACACCAACAUUAACCCUAAAAGUAACAGCACUAAUAUCCGUUUGCCUUAAAAAUAACACUUUGUUUUUUACAGUUUGUAUUUGGAAUAAUUUGGAGCUUUGGACUAAAUGUGAUUUAUUACAAAGAAACAAAACACUAAAUACACUUUAAUACUUUUACUGCAGUAACAGAGUAUUUGUACAGUGUGGUUUCAAUACUUUGACCUCAGGACGAUCGACAGGUUACACGCCCCCCCCCCGUCACUGGUUACACCCCUCUUAUCCACCAAUACUGUGUGUGUGUGUGUGUGUGUGUGUGUGUUCAGGCUAUUUCAGCCUGGAGGUCAUUCGCUCUGUGGGGACAAACAGCAGAUAAACACUGACAUUUAAAGGAGGCACACUAUGUGACCCCCUCCCAUUACCUCCUCUUGUUUCUUUUAUUUAAACACUCAAACACACGCAGGGUCAAUGCAGUGUUAUGUCCCACCUUUAGGCGGCGCUACAGGGCGAACAGCACUCAACCCCUGACCCCAAACAACCACAGAAAGACACCUUUAAAACAACUAAAUACUUUAUUACCAUAAAGACACUACACUUAAAAACUCAUAUACCUCAUGUCAGGGACGUUGUGUCCUGGACGAGCCCCCAUUUAUUUAGGCAGCUCUACACACUCCAACCACAGAAAGACACCUUUAAAACAACCGAUUUAUUGAUAUAAAGACAUACAAACAAGUGCGCCCCCAGUCAGGAUUAUCACCGAAGGUGGUGCACUUCAAUCCUGCCGGGUGGGUAGCUGGUCAGGGGGCUCCAGUCAAAAACACAACUAAAGCUAAAAGCAGCAACAACCAGAAAUGGUUUAACCAAAGAGAUGAUCACUGCACUCUAAAACCUGGUAACACCUAUACCUCACCUCACGGACGUUCUGUCCCGAACAAGCCCACAUUUGUUACCUCCCACCUUAGAGGCGAACAACACUCCACCACUGACCCAAAUCAACCACAGAAAGACACCUUUAAGCAACUGAUUCAUGAACGUAAAGACAACCACCAAAUCAGGACUAUGAAAAGACACAAAGCCGAGAGGCAGUAACAGUCCCCACACUAAAAGCUUCAGCAUUUAGCAAUCAGCACACCUGGUGAGAGCUGGAGGGAAAAGGUACCACCGUGACAGCAGCAUGAGUGCAGGUAUCAAAUCUGUCCAGUCCCACGAGUACCGAUACUUCGGAACCAAGUCGAUGUCAACAUUUUAAAAACCUGACGGGACUCAACACGCCACUACGGGUACAACAGAAGACCCGCUAACAAAUAUCAAAUAGGAGUAAUUUAUUAACCAUUUCUGGUAAUCCAGUGUGCAAAUAUAAUCCAGGAAUUUAAAAUCUUUUUUCUCUUCCUCACGCUGACACACGUUCACAUUGAUUGAUUGAUUGAUUGAUGAACAGCUAAUAGCCUAGCUUAGCAUAAAGAUUGUAAACAGGGAACAGCUACCCUGGCUCUGUCCAAAGGUCACUGAUUAACACCUGUGGUUGUACAGUGUGACAUCAGUUACUGAAUGAACAUCAUGCUGUAUGGAAGAAGACUGAAACUAGAGACUGAGACCAGAAACUCAUUAAUCAACUUCUCCAUAAGACUCGAUACUAUCAGAGCCUCCAGGUGACGUAUGUGUUCUCAGCAGAAUAUUUUGUCUGGAUCAUUAACUACAAAAAGAAAUAUCACACUGUAAAAAUACUCUGUUACAGCGUCCUGCAUUCAAAGUAUUAACAUCCAACUGUUCCUAAAGUACCUCAAUAUACAGAAUAGUUCAUGAUUGUUCACAAUUAUUGGAUUAUAAUUAUUGAGGUGGAGUUUAAGGUUUUAUACUUUUGGGUAGUUUCAUCUAUAAUAAUACAUCAUUUAUUAGUUGAUAUAUGUUUAUAAUUAAUCUGAAUAAGCAAAGCAGCUAAAGUGUAAUGUAGUUAAAAAGUAUAAGAUUUCCCUCUGAGUGCAGUAGAAGUAUAAAGUAGCAGAAAAUAGAAAUAACAAGCAAAGUAACGAUACUUCAAACCUUUACAGCACAGUUACAGUCCACCACUAGAACAUAGAAGUGGAACAGAUUCUUUUAAAGGAAACUGUCUGCAUUAGGUCAGUAUAAAUACAAUACUCGUCUUUACAUUUAAAAGUUCAUACAUUAUAAAAUGUAUUCAACUUCAAAUCCCAUCCAUGCCAGACCUUUUCCAACUCUUCAUGCUCCUUCAGCUUCUUCAUACAGUUGAGCCAGAAAUUGAGUUCAGUGUCAACCAGCCAACCUUAAAAUAUCUUUUGAAUCUCUGCACUGUUGUGUUCCAGCUGCAUCAUUGUACACAGAGUGACAGCAUGGCAGGCUGAAAACUUUAUAAUCUGAGUCUUAAAAUGACCACAAACCACAAAAGGAAUUGUUUUAGAAGCGGAGAGAAGAGAUCGGAUGUUUUCACAUCACAACUUUAUUUUAUUUUAUUCAAAAACGUGUAAGUUGCACUCCUGUAUGUGUGAAAGAAAUUAUUAAGAAUGUAACAGAACAUGUUCUGUGUCUGUUUCUAAUGAAAAUAGAAUAUAAAGUUGCUGCAAAACAA